AUGAUGCCGACAACACAUCCCCCCUCUCCGCAUGCACUGCCGCUAGGUGAAGCUCAACCUCCAAACCAGGUUCACUCUGUCAGCGUUUCGAUGCCAAAAUGGGAUACUGUCGUUGCCUGGGGUAAUCGCGAGGACUGGGUGGUGAAUAGCAUGCAAACGGUCUAUCCAAGGUUCUUCAUCCACCACGUUCUUCGAAGCUUGACCACUAUUAUCAAAAGGAGACUGGAGGUUGCGGCCGAUUUAGACUGCAUGUUAUUCCCGUCCGAUACCACCGCAGGCAGGUUCUAUUCGGGUUUGAAGACCAAGGAUGCAGAGAAAGUUGUUGGGUCUGUGAGGUUCUUCCUCACGGGGGAGGUAGAACGAGAGGAAACACUUUGGGGAAAAUUCCAUGCGGUUUUUUAUCACAAAGACCUCGAUUCGGAAGCACGAAGACUGUGGAUGAUCUUCGGGGAUGGGUUAUCAACCAGACAGGCCGAGUUUUGUCUUGAACGUGUUGAUUUUAUGUUGUCCGAAUCGGCCAUCGCCUCUUUCCAGACAGCUGCUCCAUGUCCUGAUCUGUCAAGACUUCCUCGGCCAGUCCCUUGGACGGACUCUGCUAUUUCAGCCAAGGAACAGAUGAAAAAUCUCAUCGCGAGGUUGGCGACGUCGGAAAGUCCAGGCUCUCGGCCGGUUUCGAAGGAUGAUGUUUUCCUAUAUUCCAAAGGAAUGUGUGCUAUCGGUGCUGUAGCAAGAUCAUUGUUAGCCACUAUUCCUGAUAAAGCUUAUUCAGGGUCUGUUGUUUAUGGAUGGCCGUAUGCUGAGACGCCCAAAUUGGUGGAGCUCGUUGGGUACCAUCGAUUUACGCUAUACGGACGAGGGACAGAGGCAGAGCUCGACGAUCUGGAAGCAUCGCUGAAAUCCGGUCAACGCAUAAGAGCUCUCUUCUGCGAGCUUCCCUGCAACCCCCUGUUGGAGAGUCCGAAUUUGGAACGAAUCCGCGCGCUGGCAGAUGAAUAUGACUUUGUGGUCGCCUGCGACGAGACAUUGGGGACCUUUGUCAAUGUCGAUCUGUUCCCAUAUGUCGAUGUGAUUAUGACCAGUCUCACAAAGAUUUUCAGCGGCGCUUCGAAUGUGAUGGGAGGCAGCGUGGUUGUAAACCCCGACUCGCGGCACCAUGAUGCGAUCCAUGCUGGUCUUGUCGCAGACUAUGAGGACGCUGUCUUCCCUCUCGACGCUAUCACAUUAGCACAUAACAGCGCCGAUUUCGAAGAGCGUACCCAACGCUGCAACCACAGCGCAUUGGCAAUUGCGACCAUGCUCUCAUCACAUCCAUCAAUCCAGCAUGUGAAUUACCCAACGAUGGUCUCUUCCGCCCCACUGUAUGAGCUAUACCGUCGUCGUGAUGGGGGAUAUGGAUUUCUUCUGAGCAUGGUGUUUCGACAACCGGAAAGCGCGAUAUGCUUCUAUGAUGCACUAGACGUGUGCAAGGGACCCAGCAUCGGAACGAACUUCACGCUUGCUAUUCCCUACUCGCAGCUAGCCCACUUUAGGGAGUUGGAUUGGGCAGAGUCGUACGGGGUGUUGAAACAUAUUGUGCGAAUCAGUGUUGGAAUGGAAGAACAGAAAGAAGUGCUGGAUCGAAUUUCUCAGGCUUUGGUCGAGGUUGAAAGGUUCGAGAAGACUUGUUUGCUUCCUACGGCAAAGGAGCAGGGUUCGACGGUUCUUUCAAGUACUCAAACAGCUACUAUGGUUUCAUGA